UAUCACUCACACGCCUAGUAAAUUACUCAUCAUUCUUCUAUUAUAUUUAGUGACCCAAAUCUAACUUUGUUAGCAAAACUUACUUUCAGCCAGCUAGAAAGGGACUGAAAGGUUGGACAAACUGUAUGCUCAUAUUUCAAUUCAUCUUACUAGCAUUAAGAUUGCAUAUCUUCAUUAUCACAUUAAUUACUUUAAAUCCAUUAGUUUUUCAUUUGGGCCAACUCACAUUUUGAUCUCAUAUCUAACCCUCCCACAAGCUUAUGAGAAAUUAAAUUAAAUUAAAUUAAAUGUACCUCCCAUUGUCCCUUUUUAUUUUGUUCCUUUCCUUGAAUUUAUGCAUUGGUCGCAAUCUUCAAGCUAUUGUUGAGCCAUCCAACAUCCAAGCCAUCAUUUCAAGAAAGGUGUCAGCAAAAGUGGAGAAAGAACCUCUAGAAUCAAAUGGAUCAACAAAAACAGAACACAUUAAAAUUAAGAACAAAAUUGAAGCCGUACAACACAUGAAAAAUAUGCAUUACAAAGCUAUUAAAAGCACUAAGCAACUAGAGAUUCCAAGUCAUGUUCCAAAAAAAUCAUCAGCUUCUUGGUCAGUGCAUCAAAGGAAAGAGGAUCAAAAUCCAGGAUUUUACUCAGAUUAUUCUCGACCAAGGACUCGCCCUCCCUCGCAUAACUGAUUUCCUAUGGUUGUGGUUACGUCGCAAAGUUUUAUAUUGCAGGAAAAUGCGGCUGAUGCCACAAAAAGUGCGGCUCCAUCAUCGUUGCGGCAACUUCAAAUUGCGGACCACAAUUUAAAACCAUGGUUUUGAUAUAAAAAGGAGCCCCUGCCAAUUUUUUCUUUCCCCAUUCUUUUUUAUCUACUAGCAUGUUGAAUCCUCUUACAAUGUUGUAUAUCUUUAACUCAAAGCAGGAAUCUAUUUGUUCUAAUCAUUGACAUUGAUGUA